AAACUCAAAUUACUGCUCAUUUGUCCGCCCUGACCCGGACCCCCUGUCCUACAAUGGCCGCAAGCCAGACGACCUCCGCAGCCACAUCCGCAACUCCGCCGUCCCCCGCCUCCACAGCACCACCUCCAGACCUAAACCUGCGGAAUCCGUUGCCAUUAUCUGCUACACAGGAAGCUCAAGUGAGAGAUAUAUAUUACAAACGGGUGAGAGGGUAUUGCGCGCCGGAAAUAAAAGAGUGGUUUGCCGGCCGCGAGGAGCGGAGGCGGGCUCGGGAGCUGGAAGAACAGAAGACGGCAGAGAGGCGGCGAGAGGUCAUACAGAUGAUGAGGGAGGAUGAGGAGAGACGGAGAAAAGCGGAGGCAGAGAGGGUGAAGAAAGGGUGGCUAGGUUAG